AUGGAGAGUUUGCUGAGUUUGAUGGUAAGGAGUAAUCGUCGAGAGCUCAAUCGCCUGGGAUCAACGACCUGGUCUCUCAUCUGGAUUCUCACGGGGCUCUCCUACUGCAUCUACUGCUUCCACUACAUCUUCGUUGAAGAUGACGACGGAGAAGUCUUGAAGUUCCAGCAUGACUCGUUCGCGUCCGAGGCUGAGUUCAUCCUACCUGGCAUGUCGCAGGGUGACAGUCUAGAGGAGAGAUUGAAGCGAUGGCCGGAGGAGGCUGCGAGGACUUCAAAGAUUCUUCCUGCAAGGCAUGCCACUCUCCUCAGCAUCAACGGGGACGGCAACCUUCUGCUUCCUCCCCCGCAGAAUGUUCUGGACGGACUAGCAGACGGCGGGGUGGAGGGACAGGACAAGGAGGACGAGCACAGAGGUCAGGACCUCGUGCCUCGAGCAACUUUCGGGCUGGCGUCUGUGAUGAGUGGCAUUGUCGAUCGCCUUUUCCUCGUCACUCCUGCUACUGACCUUCGCGAGCUGCUUCUGAUGAAAGGCAAGGAUGUCACAUUCAAACACAUCGUCCGAACAGAGCCAGAGCAAGAAUCCUGCAACGCGUCCUUCUCCUCCUCCUCCUCCUCCUCCUUCUCCUCCUCCUCCUCCUUCAACUUGCUGGAGUUCAACUUCUCCUCCUCGUCGAGCCUCCACGUGAACGAGAGGGAGGAGGAGAGGGGAGAAUACAAGACCUUCGCUCUCACUGGAGACUUUGCCAUCCCCCUCGACGCUGACAAGCAGAAGCACCCGCUGGCAGGCAUCGACGUUGUGAGGAUCAACACCUCCGUCUCUCUCCUCCAGCAACGGUCCUCACCGCGCUCUGCUUCUUCGGCCUGCUGCAACGGCUGCAAGGUUGUCGAGCGAGCACUGGGAGGGAGGAGGAGGAUGACGCUGGGGCAGGUGAAGAGCGCGGGGGAGGGAGGGGAAGGAGUGCAGCGUCGAAGUUUCAGCUCGUGGAAAGGAGAGCUAGCGGACGCGGACAAUGAGAAGGAAGUGCUCUAUGACGCCAGACAGCUCAUCGACGCCAUGAUCCCUCUAGGGCCCUACGUCCUUGCUUUUGACCUCUCCUACUUCAGGAAGAGCAGGCAAGGAAGUGUGUACUUCCUCUUGCCAACGACGACAGCAUGCCAGCAGCAG